AUGUACCCCUUCAAACAACCUUCGGAAUUGAUUCAAGCCUUAUGCGAUGGUAGCAACAAUGACAGUAAUAGCGGUAUUUUGAAUAUUGGUAAUGUUAGUGGAGUUACUAACAACAAUAUGGAGGAUGAAUCGAUCAUCAAAGUAACAAUGAAGCAGUAUCAACCAUCAUCGGGAUACAAAGUUAAUGCUUUGAAAAGUUUGAAAAAUCUGGUGAUUGGAAACCCCAAAAAGAAGCAACUAGUUGCUGAAAUGGGUGUGUUACCAAUUCUUGUGAACAUUCUACAAAACUCGAAAGACGAAGAGCUGCUUAUUCAGAGCGCAGCUACCAUCGGAAGUUUAGCUCAUUGUAACGAAUUAAUUUUCCUUAUCAUUCAAACGGAGCCCACACUAAACUUCCUCACUCGCCACCUUAUCCAUUUUAAUAACACUAAUAAGCUCACAGAAACAGUUGCUCGAAGUGUAUAUAAUAUUUUCUCCAAAGAUAUUACGAGUAUAAUAUCGUCUAAUAAUUUAGGGUUUCAGAAUGCAGAUUUUGAAAUUACCAAGAAUAUGCCUCUUUUAAUAGAACUAUUGAGCUGUCCUAACCACACUGUAAAUGAAAUGGCAGCUGCUGUCAUAAGAUUUUGUUUUUCUUCAGAACAAAGAGCUCAACACUACUCUGCGUUUAGUGAAAAAAUUUUGCCUCAGUUAUUCAGAUUGCUCUACACUAAUUAUUCCUCUCAUGAGAUAAUUUUAGACUCUAUUUGUAAAAUACUUUUAUUUUCUAAGAGCAAGGAAGUUGCUGAUUUUAUAUGCAAUGAAAAUUCAAACCUUGAAUUAUUGACAGGAUUUUGCUUUCAUGAUAAAUUAGAAAUCAAACUAAGCGCCAUCGACUGUGUAGCACUACUACAGAAACUUAAUUCAGCUGCAGGCAAAAUUUCGCAUCGAGAUAUUUCCACAAAUAUUGUACCAGAGUUUUCUAAGAUAUUGAACGACAUUUAUGACACGUCUGUUCUUUCAGUGCAGAGUGUUAAAAAGGUACUUCUAUCGAUGUGCCUUUGUAUGGAAUGUGAUUUGGAAAUCCAAUCAGAUUUUGUUUCUGCUAAAUUUAUUUCCAAAUUGAUUAACAUUUCACAAAAGAUGCUGGCAGAUGCUGGUGGUGAUUGCAAAUUUGGAAAUAUAACUGCUAGUCUUGAGCUAAUUUUGGCUAUUGCCAUGAUGUGCUCCAGCAAUGAAGAAGCACGUUCACAAAUUAUUGAGUCGUCUUUCUUUAUCAAAAGCAUAUUAAUUUCAUGUUUGGACUUGGAAAAGAAUCCUCAACUUUCAACGUCACUGGUAGAAGCUGCAUUAUCUUGCACCAAAGUCCUCUCGAGGGCACAGAAACCACUUCGAUCAAGUUUAAUAUCAUCUGCCGGAAAUUUACUUUCUAUUCUAUGCAACUACAUUGUUGAUAGCUCUAACGAAAUUAAUAUUCGGAAGUUAGCUAUUCAGACCUUUCACAAUUUAACUCUGGACUUGGAAUCUGUGAAAGAUUUUGUCCAAAACAAUCAGAAAUUGCUGGAAACAAUAUCAGACGUUUGCCAACAAGCAUCCAUCUCUUCACCAACAAUUAGAAUGAGCAUGGUUACACUUGCAAGGAAUAUUCUCUACCGAGCUGAAUUAUCCUUGAAGAAGAAGUUCCUCGAACAUUUUCCAGUUUCUAAAAUGGUUGACCUUUUAUCAUCAAACGACAGUGAGUCGAACAUUGAGUUUAAGAUUGGAGUAUUGAGCUGCAUUAGAAAUUUAAUAUUUGGAGAAACGAACGCAGUCGAACAUGAAAUUAUGUCUUCGGAGGUGUGCCAACAGCUGGUUUUAACACUACUUGAUCAUCUCAAAUCUAGUUCCGUUCUCGAUCCAGCCUUCGUUUCGGAAAUUUAUUUUGUUUUUGCCAACAUUGUUGCUACAUGCAGGAAUGAAAUGAAGCGAUACGUCUUACAAAAGGAUAUUUUAGAUAUGGCUUUUAAAGUGAAGCAAGAACAUGUGACAAAUGAGGAGGUUGUGAAAUCUACCUUAUUCUUUCUUAGCAAUCUUGUUUGGGAAAGAAAUGAUCAGGCUUUCCAAAAGGAGUGUUAUCAACAACUCAGAGCAUAUGUACAGGGAGACAAGCUGGUCAAUGACACCACAAACGAGAGCUAUGCUGUUCAGACUCUCGUGCAACAAGUGAAUUCUCAAUACAAGCAGUUGGAAGAUCGUUGCAAAUAA